AUGGCCCGUUAUAACACACUCAAGCGCAUUUCGUCCCGAUCGUUCGAGUCUGACGGCGCUAAAGGUAGUAAAAAGAAGCUCAAGACAUUGAGAAAUACAGUAAAAGAUGUGGAGGACGUCAUUCGUCGUGAGUCUCUUGAUGCGGACGAUCACAGGUUGAACUCAAUGACACGAGGGGAAGACGACCAGACGUCCAUUUUAUUGACUCGUAAUCAUGUAAAUUGCGACAAAGAAGACAUUGAACGAGACGAGGAAAUGGCCAAUGUGGAGGCUGUGGGGGACCAUGAAGUAACAGAAUGCAAUGGUAAAAGCAAGAUUAAUGCUUCAGUCAAGUUGAUGGAAAAGAAGGCAGUGAAGAAACGCUUGCAAUCUGCUGUAGUAUCUGCGGCCAAUUUACAGACACAUGGGAAGACGAAGACUACUGUUAAGACAAAGCCAGGAGGUAGAUCUCAGACUCCUGCUGUAUCGAAACGAAAUGUACGGACGCAGGAUGAUAAGAUGAAGGAGAAUGCACCUCUGGCCCUGCCAUUCUUUGUGGAGACAGGAGCUGAAUGGAAUAAUACGAAUAUCGACUUUGAUGAGUUGAACACUUUGAGGUUGCAAUGGGAGCUGCCAGCAGCGUGCCAUAUUCUCUGGUUGCUGCAAGGUCCAUUGACACUGCGCUUUUCAAAUAAAUUGCUUGAGUAUGAAGCAGCACUACUGAAGCCUGAGGAUAGUUCGGUACUGGAAGAUGUAUUUACAAAACUCUUGCUGAAAAAAAGUGAGCGCGCCUCUUUGACUGCUGGGUUUGGGCUCAAGUAUGAGUGGUGGAACAAACAGUUGCGUAUUUACUACCUUGAUAUGUACGACAAGUGGUACGCACUGCUGCGCAAAGCAGGUGAGCGACUUCCAGAUACAUUUUCACAAGAUGAGGACGAUGAUACUAGUAGUGUCUUAGACAACAAUAGCGAUGAGCAGGUGGAUGUAGAGCUGACGGACGAUGAGUGGCUGACACUUGACAUCCUGAGAUCUCGUCUUGAAACUCUCGGCAUGGUUUGCCCUCUGAAGCACCAGUCAUUUGCAGAUUUAUCGAUUGAGCUGCGAUGCAAGAUUCUACUAAAUUUGUGCGAGGCCGUGGUGGACGAUCCAAUCAACACUGAAUACAUGCGCCAGAUGGAAGAUGACGAUUUACGCAUUGAGCCACUUGGCAACGACCGUGCUGGAAACCUGUAUUAUUUUUUUCCGCAGUUUUAUGAAGAGCGGCGAUUGUAUAGAUUGGAUAAAGAGACGCAACAAUGGGCACUUUGGGCCAAGGGAGAUGACGCGUUUCGCUCCAUGUUUGCAGCAAUGAAGAAAAUUUGUGGACGUAGAAUUCGAGGCGAGCAAGAGUUGUUGGACCACUUGGAGGUCAUUCUUGAGCAGAUUGAGGACGAAGACGAAGCUCGAACACGGGAAUUGGAAAAGGCCAACCGCUUAGCAAUUCUUAAAGCGGUCCCGCGUAAGCGUUCGCUACGUCUUCAAGUAAAACAGCUGGUGAAAAUGGAAAGGCAACAGGAAGAACAGGAACAGCAGAAGGAACUUACCAUGGAGGAAAUAGCAGAGAUGAAGCGUGCAGAGUUGCUGCGUAAGGUCGAGCGUGAAGCUGAAAAGGACGUGCGCAAUGCUAAACGGGAGGCACGCCGCUUGCAUCGCGAACAGAUAGAGCGAGAAGAAGCCCAGAGUGAGCGCGAAAGACGUCGAUUGCGUCGGAUAGAGAAGGAAGUGGAAGAAGAAAAGGGUGAGCUAUUAACUCAAAAUGGACGCAAGAAACAGGGGGAAGCUCGCGAGCUCCGUGCCCGUCAGCGACAUAUAGACGACGAAUGGCAGGAAGUAAUACAUGAUGAAGAGAGCACGGGGAUUGAGACAUUGGUAUCCGAGCGUCUUGAAGCAUGA